GCCAGCGAAGGACAAACAAACAUGGCAGCUAUGGUGUGCUAGCGGUCGACGAUGGUCAGAAUAGCCUACGUACAUCGGUGCUUAUUACUAAUUUUCUUCGUCCAUGUCUUCGCGAGAGGCUCUCGGCAGCGGCAGGCUGCACCGGGCGUGGUGCAGGGCGACCUGGGCUCCGGGCUGACGCUGCAGUGCAACGUGGCCUCGGGUCGCCGGUGGCCACGGCGCGUGCUCUGGCAGAAGGACGGGCGCGGCCUGGGCUCGGGGCUGAGCUGGACCCUGCACGAGCCCCGGGGGGCCCUGGUGUCGACCGCGCUGCUCGAAUCGGACGCCGGGGACUACUCGUGCGGUCUGGACGACGGACGGGCCUGGCCCAGCACGCGGCUCGUCAUACGCACGCCCCCCGCCCGCCUGAGCAACCUGACCGUGCACCCCUCCACGGUGGUAGCCACGGUGCGCUGGCACGUGUCCCAGGACGGGGGCUACCCCAUCUCCCACUUCAGCCUGGCCUACCAGCCGGCACACCAGUCCCCCGCUGCCAACGGCUCCCUCAGGGGGCCACCCCUGCCCGUGCACAUCAGCCCUGCCGCGAGGCAGUUCUUUGUGUACCACCUGCAGCCAGGCACGGCAUACGUGUUCCGCAUGUGGGCCUCCAACCGACUGGGACCGGGAGAGCCCAGCACAGUGUACGCUUCCACCGCCAGCCCCAGGGGUGCCUCCUCUGAGCGGAGGCUGCUUACGGGCGAGGGCGGGGAGGACCUGAGCACGGCCGCCUGGGUGCUGUGCCUGGUCACGGGGACCCUGCUGGUGCUGUCCUGCGUCAGCUGCCUCCUCACAAGUCGGCGGCAGGACGCCCCAGAGCCCCUGGUGGUGCCCCGGGAACAGGACGAGUCCCAGGCCCCGCACGUGGUGGCCAACCCCGGCUUCGAGGUGGACCUGGAAGAGAGCUACCUGCUCGACCACACGGAUUGCAACGACAACAACCGGAGGGCCGUCCGGACCAACAACAACUCGGUGGUGCACCCCGCCCUCGUGUGACCCCCCGCAGACGCCCUCUGAGUGCCGCUGCGUCGUGCGCCUCCCCGGAGACUGCGGCGGAAGGCCGUGCCGAGGGACGGCUGCGCCACGUUUUCCGGCGUUAAGGGUUUCGUUGACGCAGGGGGGUUCUGCCGGCACCUGCGCUACAGUGCCUAGAACGCACCUUCCACCGGUGUUCGUGCUGCGCCCUGUUCUGCCGUAGGUGGCUACGACGAGACACCCGUUCUGCUAUGGGUCACUCACCUGUUCACAUAAGCGUCGGCAGCUAGGAGUUUGGACACCAGGAGAGCGGCGACGCGUGUAUUCGCUCUAACUCGCGUGAAGUCCGACGGCAUGGCGCGACGGCCCCCGUGGUUCCUGUUUUCUCUUGGGAACCACUUUCGACGCAUGGGGGGUACGGUCGAAGAUGCAUUUCCAGGCACCAUACCUGUGCGACGACCGGAUCCUGCACUGGCGGGAGUCUUUUGCACAGACGGCGUGGAACGCCGAGUCUGCUUUUUUGUACCCGGGCUCGCGCGUAGUCCGGAGCGCAUUUGGAGGUUUUUAGGUCGAACUUGCGUAGCCUUUCGGAAUGCUGCGAGCUUGUCGUUGCUAAGACGGGGAGAGGUGGUGCCCCGGCCGGAGACUCGGUUAGAUGCUGUUUGGUGCGCGACGGGGGUGCUUGCAUCUAGAGAAGUGCAGAAGGUCUGUGGCCAUCUUCGAAGUGUUCGGCGCAUUGUGGCUUUCUAAACUCGUGCACAUUCCAUUCUCUGCCCAGCUUUUAUUAGGUCGUCAUGAUUGGGCGUUUUUUUUUUGGAGCGCGAGCGGGAAACGAGGUCUUUGUCGGACUAGGCUCGCGGCUUGUCUGCAGUCUUUCUCAAGCCGGACGUCCUUGCCCGGCAGUGUCUGCUAAAGGCAUUCCCCGAGGCCCGCUUCGGAUGGGACAAUCCACAAUUUGCAAAAAAGCUGCUGCGCUUGCGCGAGCAGAGCGUGUUGCUAGCGCCCCCUGUUUGGUUGGAAAACAAAUAAGCUUGCCGGCUAUUCCGAGGCUGCAACAGAGGCACGGAAGCGAGGACACCGUGAGCAAGACGAAGAAAGCUCGCGAGUCGCUUCGUUUGUCACCAUGCCGGUGCACUGUAUUGCGUAUGGUUGUGCGAAUUACUUUUAUGGCAAAGAAAACGCCAAGUUUUUUUAGAUUUCCGUCUGCCAGGCUGUAUUCUGCUAAGACAGGCUCGGAUAGCUGCCGUGAGGAGAAGGAACAUGGACGACUCACCAUGGCAGCCGAACGAGCACUGAUAGAUCUGCAGUGCACCUUUUGUCACGGGUGCGUCGUUUUCGUACGCUCCUGGAGGGAAUUUUACACACUAUUCAAUCUGGUUCUCGAGACAACGCUUGGAAUAGACUGCGUGCACCAGCUUUAUGCCCCACAUGUAUCAAGCUAAACCAUGCAUCGCGAAGCCUAGUUGUAUUCCAACCACUUUCCAGCCUCGCACCCAAAAUGUAGAAGUUUCCGGCGUUGCGCGAUAGGCGGCGCGCACUAUUUUGCAAAUUGUGGAUUGUCCCGGCGAUUUCGGUGUUGCCGGUGGGUUGUUCCCUAUAUCCUCGCGCCGCAACACGCGUUGCUCGGAUCGGUCCGACUUCAAACGGGUGAGCAGCUCCAAGAAUUCUGGGACCCUUUCAAGAGGCAGCUGUUGAUCAGGGUUAAGCUAUUUUUCAUCUGAAACACAUUCACAUUUUCCUGUGAUGGUGAUGAUGACUGAGUGCAGGGUUUUAACAUUGUUUUAAUUUGCAGCUGAUCAUUUUCACAUCUAAAUGAUAUCGGGGAAAUCACUUAUUAUUCUCGGUGCAGUUUUAAGUCUUAAAAGAAUGUUGUUUAUGCGUAGCUUCCUGUCUAAAUGGUGAAAGAAAAUCAUAAUUUUAACGACGACGUUGUCAAAUCGUAGCAUUUCAAGCUAUAGCGGUUGCCGAGCGCAAAUGCCGGAGGAGUUGAGACGUCAGUGCACUGGGUAAAACUGUGUCGUCUGAAGCAGGCCUAUGUCUCAAUUUUAUGAAACUUUCCAACGAGAAAUCUUGCAAUACGAGUGCUCCGCGGUUUGCGAGCUGUGUUCUGGAAUUGGAUUUAGCCCCUUCCUGCCGGAAGUGUCGCAGUCGACCCACUUCCUUUGGGUGCAACCUGUGUCAAAUCGUAACCUGGUCUCACUUCACUCGUGCCAUAUCUUUGUUCGCUAGGUUGGAAGAGAGCGACCACGUUUGCCAGUUGUCUAUACUAAUUAAGUUAACUGAAAAUACUCAUUUUGGGCCUCUGGGUACAAAAAGGUUGUAUGUGUUGUGUCAGUGAGAGUGCGUGUCCAAAUGUGUGCAAGCAGGCACUAUGCCCAUGUGUGCUCGCCCAUUGCUUUCUGUGCAUUGUUUCGUUUAGUGCAAUAAGUGCAGGUAGGCUUUGUGUGAUGGCAUUCUGCACAAGGCUGUUUUGAUGCAGUGACGGGGACAUAGAUUUCUCAGUGGUGUCUGUUCAUGCACAGAAUUGCGUGCCAUUUUUAUUUCCUCAGGGUUGGGGAACACUAUUUUUUUAUCUGGGUGGAAUAUUGUGCAGUGCUAGGUAUGUGCAAUAUUUACAUGAUUGGUGGCACACUCCACCUGCAUCAGUUUACCAGCAGGUAGUAGAGUGUAGUUUGAGGGCACUGUAUGCAUUUCAGUCCUUUUUGGUGAUGUGUAAGUGACAAGCAUUGAACAAGAACACUGUUUCAUUGCAGUAAAAAUACUUUGGCAUUUGUUUCUCAAA